GUGGUUAUCUUUUGCCUGAAAUAUUUUUGCACGUUUAUCUUGGACAGUCUAUUUAAAUAAUGAUUUGCUCAUAAAAAUGUUCAUCCAUCCAUCCAUCCAUUUUCUGAGCCGCUUCUCCUCAGUAGGGUCGCGGGCGUGCUGGAGCCUAUCCCAGCUAUCAUCGGGCAGGAGGCGGGGUACACCCUGAACCGGUUGCCAGCCAUACAUUGAGAAGUUAUACUUUGUACAGAGGUUCAAAUGAAGGCAACUGGACUUAUUCUUAGUUUUCAAAGGCUUCUUGUCUUCCAUUUAGAACUGUCUAGUUGGCUUCACUGAACCUUUGCAGAUGACCAUAACCUGCAUGACUGACAAUCUACAAGUGUAUUGUUCACAACUGGUUUGAAGCAAUGGAUUGUGACAAAUACCAAAGUGGGAUACUGUACCAGCUACUCAUCUGUGUUGGUCCACUGGAUGAAGCUGCUCUUUAUACUGAUUCUUUCUCUUUUUGUUUCAUUGUUUUUCUAUAUUGAGAUGCACAUAUUGAAUGGAAUAGUGGGACUGUGAACCAAAGGACUUGCCUACAUUCUAUACUAAUAAUUCUAAUCUAAAGUCAAUGUGUAGUAAUGUACAUUCUAAUUUUUUUGUCAGACAAAUCUGCUACAGUGUUUUUCUUUUUUGACUUUUCAACAGGCAAAGAAGCAGUCAGUGUUAGUUUUUGCAGAACCACAAACUACUAAGCUACAGUUGUUAUUCCUCUGAACUCGCCACAACUGAAUGAAGCACCCACCAGGGCUGGAUAAUGAGGUCAUUAUGGGGAAUGAACAGGAAGGAUAGGAAGCAACAUUCCUUUUGGCUUUUUUUCUCCCUUGUAUGUUCAAUGAGAUUUUAAUCCCAAAACAGAGUUUAUCUCAUUUUGUAGAGUUCUUCUAGUUUUAAACUGGGAUUCAUUUACACACAAACUAGGAGGAGCUUUUUCACUCAUGACAUCAUUUGUUAUUGUUGAGAAACAGAUUUAUUGUCCACUUGAGACUCAGACUAUAUACAGUAUAAACGGGCUGCAGGGAGAAGAAAACAGCUGACAUCGCUGACUAUGUCUCAACCACAAGAAGAAGUCCAGCGUCCUGCGGUGAGCCAGGAGGAGCUGGCUGAGACAAAGAAUCGACUUGGUGGCAGUGGACCAGUGAAGAGCAAGACUUUUGAAGUCAUGGAGGAGUGUGAGAAAAUGGGUAAAACUGCUCCAUCCGUGUUCAGUGGUCUGAGGUCAGGAGGCGAGACGGCUCUGAACACGCGCUCAGCUCGACCUGCCAGGAAGUAGACCGAGACCACUUUAGCACCUGUGGCUCCGUGUUUGUUGGGCAUGUUUUUACACCUUUUCUUACAUUGACUGUAAUAACAUCAUUGGGUACACCUGCACCAGCUAAUGAGAUCCAAUUAGAGCUGUAUUAAAGAUAGUGUUCAGAAAGGUAUUACAGGAAGUUCUCGAGUUACGACGCAUUCGACCUACGACGUUUCGACUUUACGAUGCCCGUGCCUCGUCCGCCAUUUUGUCCUCAGCACCAUAGUGUUUCUGCUUUGCUCGUGCAUAGUGCUUGUCUGUGUUUGUGUGGCGGGAGUAUCUUUGCCUUUUUUUCACACUCAGCAGUAAUGGUAAGUACAGCAUCUGAUUUUUUUAUUUUAAUGUCUUUUAGUUUCUUUAUACGAAGUGUUAACCUUUCCUGACCACGGUCAGAGACGCAGGGGAGACGCCUUCUCCAGGGCCGAGGUUGUCCUCCUCGGGGUUAACUCCCUUCUCUCGUCGGCGGCAACAAUAAAGGCACGAAGCACCGAUUUGCUGCUUUAAUGGCUUUAUUAGCUCCUCUGCACAGUCAACGUCAACGGGUCCUCAGCUAAUCCGGUCGCCGUCACCCCACUUGCCACUGUACACACUCGCACCGGCGCGCACUCCUUCCUCCUUCGCAGUCCCGUCUCAAUCACACAUCGAGGCCCACACACAUUGAGCUUGCUGUCACAAUCACGUGGGACAAUACCCGUAACAGAAGUAUUUCGCCGUAAAUUUCGACUUUAACGCGGACUUACGCGGAAAAUCGUGUUACGUCGCCAGCGUAGGAACGGAACAUGUACGUAAAUCGAGGACUUCCUGUAAUCAAUAUAUUGUAGUUAAGUGUGCAUUUCCUAUACUCCUCUCAUGUAGCUGGACGAGGAAAUUAAUUCAUUAAAAAGGGAUGUUGGGAUGAUGCAGUACAGUUGUAAACCGCAAACUACAACCACAAUAAUACACAUAUUGUUAAAUUAACCUCUUUCAGCAAAAAUCUUUAUAAAAGUGAAAGUUUUGAUACAGCUCAUUAGAUUGGCUUACAUUGAGUUUACUUUUUGUCUGUCACUGAUCUUACAUGUAUUUGCCAUUCAUAAUACCAGAUGCACUUUGAAUUGGUUCUCUAAAAUCCCCAAAACCCUAUGCCAAAAGGGUUAACAUUGAAAGUAUGGCUUUUGUAUCAAUUUGAUUUUAAUCUUAAGUUUGAAAAUGCUUGUUUUCCCCCAUAUAUCAAAUAGAAAUAUAAACAUUCUUUAAAAAUA